AUGGAUCAGAGCAAAUUCCGGGCACCCCGGAAUUUGAAAGCCUCUGCAACCUUCAGCAGCAUCACACGGCCUGCGCUGCACAUGACGGGCUGCAUUGCAAUUGGACUAUGUGAAGCAUUCUAUUGCAUGGGCCCGGAUUGCAAGAAGGACUCGAACAUGAACGCAACGAUCAUCUCGCAGGUCCUGGAAAAGGCAUGCCUGGCAGUGAACAUGAAGGGCGGCAAUCAUUGCCUACCACGCCAUUUGAUCAUUGCCGCUGACAAUUGCACAAGAGAAACCAAGAACCAGUGGCUGGCAACUUAUGGUGCAUUUUUGGUAGCCAAAGGACACUUCGAAUCAGUCGAGUUUCAGUUCAUGCUCACAGGCCACACCAAAAACGAGCUUGACCAGCGCUUCAGCGCCAUAGCCACUGUUCUACGCAAGGCUCCUGUCCUUGAAACACCUCAAGAGUUUGUGGAAUACAUGACCCACAACAUUGCGCCUACCUUGGGCAGUGAGUUACACUGCGAAGUCAUGAAUGGGACCUGGGACUUCAUAGCCUGGUUUAAAGAGUUGGGAAUCCAGAUGAAAGGCCUCACAGCUACUCAUUUACAACCUGACUCGAACCAUCUUUGGAGGUUCAUGCUCCGGAAGCAUGUGGAGGCUUCUGAAGUGGUGGAGUGUCACAACGCUGAUUGGGAGAAUCUGCCACAGGACCAGAACGACGUUGCGCUGGUGCUGAAGCAGUUCAUCAGCUCAGCUGCGCCGUCGCAGCCUCCACAGUUGGUGAUGCCGGCCAACUUGCAUCGCAAGUUGGAACCAAGUCGUCUGCGUGCAGCUGAGCGCAGAGUUUGGUCUGAAGAGAUGCUGAGUGACCUUCGCAAGACUGCGGCAGCCGUUGCAGCUGAGCCGUGGCGGCAUUUUGCCGCACAGGCUUGGCUGGAACAAUUGUGCGAUGAUAAUGAAGCUCGACGUGCUUUAAUUCCGCCGGAGCUUAGCUUGGUCUUCAUGGACGGUGAAUUUCAAGACCAUUGUCUUCUACCAGAUUUUGAAGACUUGUUCCUCGAGGACCCCAAGCCUCGUGUCGUGACGGUGGGGCCUGCUCCAGCCAAUCGUGGCCGUGGCAUGAAGCGGCCUGCAGCAGCUGCUGAAGACCCUGUGUCUAUCAAAAGACCUGCUGCUGCUGCCGGGCGAGUUCCUUUGAGGCGACCCGCCGCAGCUGGUGAAGCCAUUGCUGCAGCAAGUCGUGUUGAAGGUGAAGCAGAACGAGCGCCAGCAAAUGCUGCAGGGAUCUUCGCGAGGAAGCCUGGCAAAGCUGAGCCUGUGGAUUCUGAUCUGGAUUAA